UUUUUCGUUUCUAAACAGCGAACAAGUAUUCUCUUUUGCUUACGAGAGUCGCAUGACUACAAAAUUAUUAUCUGCAGAGAUUCAAUGAUGCUUAAUACAUUUGCUUAGAAGCUACACAUGACUGGCAAGAUAGUUAUCCUCGGCUGCUGCAGGAAAAAACACCAACAAAAAAGAUUUAUAGCAUGCAUUGUUUUUUGCUAGUAAAAAUUUCAAGAAAUGUAGUUAGUUUCACUGGGGAUGAACUGCCAUUUUGGUUGUCGAACAUACAUCUUGUGAGUCACACAUAAAAAGGAAACUAUUUUUCUAUAGUAGUGGUUUAAAGUUAUUCAUGAAUUAUUGCUAACCGUUCUACGAAAGUGUAGAUGAAAAUAUCAUAGUUCUUCUGUACCGAUUAUAUAUUACUAUUCGUGUAAAGAAGUGGUACAAUUGAGACAGAAUUUAAUGUGUGCAUAUUCAACAAUAUUUUUAUAAUUCAAUAAAUGGGACUAUGGUUAAAACGGUUUAGACAGGAAGGAAACAACAGGAAGCGAUGGAACAACUUGCUGUUCCUUACUUCCGGAAUUACCGGAACUUCAAGGCAGAGGCCAGACUAGCUGCACGAAGGCAGGCUCGUGCUGAAGCUCGAGAAAUUCGAAUGCGAGAAUUGGAGAAGCAACAAAAAGAGGCUGAUCAACAGAGUGAUAGACAUUAUGAACUUCUCAGUGACCCAGUGCGGGGGAGGCCUAGUCGAGAGGGAAGGUCGUUGAUGUCUGGAACACCUUCUUUUACAAGUUCAAGACGGAGCAGUGAAGACUCCACAGAAGCUGUCGACAAUUCUAGAGAACUAAGGCAUCAAUUACAGGACCUAGAAGAAAAGUUCAAAAAGGCCAUGGUUAGUAAUGCCCAACUAGACAAUGAGAAAUCUACCCUCACUUAUAAUGUAGACACUUUAAAAGAUGAAAUAGAAGAAUUGGAAGAAAAUUUUAUACAGAUACAGAAAGAACACAAAGACAAGUCAAGGGCGUAUGAUCAGCUAAAUAGGGAUUUUAAGGAAAUUAAAGAAGAAAUAGAAUUUCUACGAGAGAGUUUAAGGCAGAGAGAUGAAUUAAUAGAGGAACAUGGACUGGUUUUAGUUGGAGAAGAAGAAAUCAUGGUGAAUGGUGAUGAUGAUUGCAAUAGUUUGAGAAGCACCCCAGACAGUUCAUCUCCUAAAACUGUUGGCAGAGCUGCAUUAGUUUCCCAGGAAGCUGCCCAGUUAUUAGAACAAGCUGGAGAAGGUUCAUUGGGUAAACUUUUGAAUGUACGGUUAAAGAGGUUUGCAGAGGAAAAACAAGAGCUUUUAGAUGAAAUUCAUAGGUUAAAAUUUGAGUUGGAAGAAGAAAAACAGAAGACUGCCAAAAUGGAACAGUUAACACUAGUGCAUGGCCCCCAGUCCAAUGGCCCUGAAAUGAAACUUCUAGAAGUUCAAAGAGAAGCAAAUAAACAAGUCAGUGACUAUAAAUUUAAACUGAAAAAAGCAGAACAAGAAAAUUCAACAUUACAAAGCAGUGUAUCUCGACUGGAAAGCCAAGUAAUAAGGUAUAAAACAGCUGCAGAAAAUGCAGAGAAAGUAGAAGAUGAACUAAAAGCUGAAAAAAGAAAGUUGCAAAGGGAGGUUCGAGAAGCUCAGGCCAAAAUUGAAGAACUUGAAACUGCAAAUGCUCAUCUCCAGAAGAGAAUAGAUAAGUUAAAGUCUGCAAGAAAUGCCCUUGUUAAAUAAGCCUUGAUAAUGUUUAAAAAUUGAAGUGAUAGUUGUUUGUAAAUGAGUGCAAAAAAUAAUGUAUAGAUUAAAUAAAAAUUACUGGUUUUGUUUGUU